AUGGUAAUAAGUUUGCUCAUAAUCAAGUUGAAUCCGAGGCGUUUCCGCUCCAAAGAAGAAAUAGAACCAUCUGAUCAUCCACUGGGACCAGGCAAAAUUUUUGUGAUCUACGCGAAAGGGCAAACAACUGGCCAUCAUUCUCAUGCUGUUAAAUCGGCACUCGAACAAGGUCCAGUCAAGAAUCAUGAUUUCUACAAACGCGAUCAAGUGAAAUAUCACGGAUGUAAGUUUUAUAGAUUUUCUACUAAUCACUGGUGA